UAUAUUCAUUAUUGAUGUUUCCUUUGUUUAAGACAAAUAAAAAGGUUGUUCUUUGUUUCGUCUAAAAUUACACUUGUGUUUCUUAUCUCUCUCAUCUCAAAAGUCAAAACAGAUCAUAAAAAGCUUGCUCAUUUUUACUCUAAAAAAAAAAAUGGAACGAAGAAGAGAUUCUCUAGUUUCUGUCAAGUUUAAUUGUUGUUUGUUCAAUACUUUUAGUCAACGAUUGAAUUAAGCGAUUCCAUGGACACAGUUUUCAAUAUUGACGUGAUUAAUAUGUUGUAUUUAUAAUAAAAGUGAUCGCGACAUGGAACAAGGAUCGAGUUGGUGUCAGUAAAGUUAUCUUUUAGUUUGCAUGUGCGAGGUUUAGCUCAUAUCAAUCUGACUGAUCUCAUUGAGAGCCAAAACUCAUAAGGUUUUGAAGGUCAAGUAAUUAUGAAUCAAAUCAAAACUAUUUUUAAUUUGAACAAUUGGGUUUUUUUUUUUUUUUAAUGUGCUGGCGCAGAUUUGGAAUUUUUAAUGGGGCCCAUUUGGUCUCUUUCAUCUUGGAUGCAACGGGGGGACUGACUGGUCUCAAUCAGAUUCAACCAAAUUUUCAUUGAUGCCUUCAUCACUCAGUUGCCAAGGCCAAAAUCAAAGCGUAACACUUUGAAUGUUGCCAUCCUUAGAUUCUUCAAAAUUCAGUUGUUCAUUAGAUGCUCCUAAGUCGAAACAAUACUUUUUCAAUUUUCUUAGACCAUUAUUUAAUUGCUUGAACUUAAAUCCUCUAGAUUUUGAUUAGCUAUCACAUUCAUGGUCUUGUUUUCGCUACAGGGCAUUCACAAGUAUUUUGAGAUGCUGAAAUUUAUUCAUGAUAUCUUAGAUUUUAUAAACGCUAAAUAGCCAAUUAGCUGACACUUCCUCCUCCCUCAUAAUAGGAAAAAGAGUGAGGUUGUGAGAUUGAGUCCCACUGGUGGUGUGUACGUGUGUGAAUUAUCAUGAAUAUAAGUCGCACAAUUGUGGUUUUCAAGCCAGAUUUUUCAGCCACUUCUGCAUUUUUGGUCUUCUUCAACGGCCAAGCUUGCUGAAAGCACUUGAUGUACAGAUAAGAAAAUUUUCAGGGUUUCUUGUUUCUUUUGAAAUUGAAAACAAGAGAACAAUAUGUUUGCUAGUGAAGGCUUCAUUAAUGUUCAUGAUCAUGGUACAGUAGUUGAUAAGAAAAAAGUUAGAGUUCAAUGCAAAUAUUGUGGUAAAGUGGUGAGUGGUUUCUUCCGUCUAAAGUGCCACUUAGGAGGUAUACGUGGAGAUGUUACUCCUUGUGAAAAUGCUCCUCAAAAUGUGAAGGAACUGUUUAGAAACAAAUUACUUGAAAGGAAGAUAGAAAGUUUAAGCAAGGAAGUUGAUGAACUAAAUGACCCAAAUCUUCCCUGUAAAAGGAAUCGUCUUCCUAACUUGAAUAGUGUUAAGCAUAAUAAGCAUGAAACAACUCAAACUGCUGGUUCUUGUGAUGGGAGGCAUGUUGAUAUGGACUCUGCACUGGAAGACAGUCUUACAGACAGUGCUUCUCUUCCCUAUGAAAAUGCAGGUUCUCAAACAGCCAUCAAUUGCAAAGAAGGAAGAGUUUCAUUAUCAAGGAAUGCCCAAAAAUGCAUUGCUAGAUUUUUCUAUGAAACAGGUGUUGAUUUCAGUACUGUCAAUUCCCCUAGUUUCAAAGCAAUGAUAAAUGCUACCCUGGGUAAUGGUCAGAUGGCGUAUAACAUCCCAAGUUGUCAGGAGCUAAAAGGGUGGAUCCUUAAAGAUGAGGUGAAGGAUAUCCAAGAGUAUGUGAAGAAGAUUAGGCAUUCAUGGGCAAGCACAGGGUGUAGCAUCUUGUUAGACGGAUGGAUUGAUGAAAAGGGUCGACACCUGGUUAAUUUUUUGGUGGAUUGCCCACAGGGUAUUGUUUAUCUUCGCUCGUCUGAUGUUACAUCUUUCAUUGACGAUGUUGAUAUGUUACAGUUGUUGUUGGAUGGAGUUAUUGAGGAGAUUGGAAUUGAAAAUGUAAUUCAAGUGGUGGCAUGUUCUAUAACAGGUUGGAUGGGAGCUGUGGGCAAGCAAUUCAUGGAUAGGUGCAAGAGAGUGUUCUGGACUGUGAGUGCAUCCCAUUGCAUUGAGCUCAUGCUAGAGAAGAUUGAAAUGAUUGAGUCCAUCAGAGGUAUAUUGGCUAAAGCCAAGUCCCUUACAAAGUUUAUUUAUGGCCAUGAAACUGUUUUGAAUCUUCUGAAGAAACAUACUCUUGGCCGUGACCUAAUUCGGCCCUCCAAAAUAAGGUCAGCAAUGCCCAUUAUGACUUUGGAGAAUAUUGUCUCAGAAAAGCUGCAAUUAAAGAACAUGUUUGCCUCACCUGAGUGGAACACAUCAGUCUGGGCUUCUAGAACAGAGGGAAAGAGGGUAGCUGAUUUGAUGGAAGAUAGCUCUUUCUGGACUGGAGCUGGGAUUACCUUGAAGGCAACUCUACCGGUUCUGCGUGUUUUAUGUUUAAUCAAUCAGGCUGAUAAACCACAAGUGGGGUACAUAUACGAAACAAUGGAUCAACUAAAAGAGACAAUUAAAGAGGAAUUUAAAGGUAAGAAAUCCCAGUACAUGCCUUUUUGGAAAGCGAUUGAUGAGAUUUGGGACAACUUUCUCCAUAGCCCUAUUCAUGGUGCAGGGUAUUAUUUAAACCCAAGUCUCUUUUAUUCAAGUGAUUUCCUAGGUGAUGCUGAGGUUGCCUUUGGCCUUUUGUGCUCUACUGUCCGCUUGGUACAAGAUCAGAGAAGUCAAGAUUUGAUAUCCCGACAACUUGAAGACUAUAGACAUGCUAGAGGUAGUUUUGAAGAGGGGAGUGCCAUUAACCAAAGAACCAGCGACCCUCCUGCUCUAUGGUGGUCUCAUUAUGGAACAGAAUAUCCUGAGCUGCAGAGAUUUGCCUUUCGAAUUCUGAGCCAGAACUGUGACGGUGCUUCAAGAUGCGGACUAAAGAGAAGUUUGGCCGAGAAGCUGCUUACAACUGGAAGGAAUCCUAUUGAGCAACAAGGAUUGAGUGAACUGACAUUUGUACAUUAUAAUUUGCAACUGCAGCAGUUUCAGUCAGGCAAAAAGUGUGACAUUGUGGCUGAAGAGAUUGACCCAAUGGAUGAUUGGAUAGUUGAUGAAGCACCAGAGAUUGUGUCCCGAAAUGUUCAAUCUUCACGGAUUAACUUGGGCUUCACCGAAGGGGCUAUUAAUGGGGAUGGACCUUCUCGAUUUCAAGCAAAGAAAGAACCCUUGUAAGUGAAGAUAAAAG